AUGAACGGCGAAGCGUUUCUUUUCCUGUUUGCUGUCGUCAUGGCAGCCGUCCUCUUGUUCUCUAUGGUCUUCUUUAUCAUCAUGUUCUCUGAUCUCGAAGUCGAUUACAUCAACCCGAUAGACCUUUGCAACAAGCUCAACCAGUUCGUCCUGCCCGAAAUGCUCGCCCACGGAUUCUUGUGUCUCAUGUUCCUUCUCAACCUGAGCUUUGUUGCGCUGAUCAUCAACGCCCCCCUGCUAGGCUGGCACAUCAAAAAGAUCAUGGAUAAUAAGCACAUGUACGAUGCCACCGAAAUCUUCAGAACCCUCGGAUCUCAUAAGAAGGAGUGCUUCAUCAAGCUGGGAUUCUACCUGAUUUGCUUCUUCUACUAUCUGUACCGAAUGAUCGUCGGUCUCCUCGAGAAGUAA